UUGGUACAGAGAUUUCCAGUCACUGAGCCCCAAAUCGCCCCACCAAGAAAAUCGCCAUUCACUGAAAAAUAUUCGACCCCUCCUCCACUUAGGUUUCGCACUGCAACUGUUCGGGUCAGACUGGGGCGUAUCGUGAAGCAAUCAACGACAAUCAAUCUUGGCUACACGCGCAUUUUAGGAACUGAUUCUCACCAUGUCUCGGUUCUUCCGUGGCGGCGACGACAGCUCGACCGAGAGCAGCUCCGACGAGGAGGAGCUGUACACCACCUCCGAGGAAGAGGAGGAAGAGGAUCAAGAGCAGGAAGAGUCCUCUGAGGAGGAAGAGGAGGACGAGUCUACCGACGAAGAUGAAGGUCCCAAAAAGACGGGCUUGUCCCGCUUUCUUGUCGAUCAGGCAGAGUCGGAGAGCGAGGAGAGCGACGAAGAGGGUACAACCAAGGUCAAGAGUGCCAAGGAUAAGCGAUAUGACGAACUGGAGGCGACUAUCACAAGCAUUCAAAAUCGCCAAAAGAUUGAUGACUGGGGUUCCAUUGCAACCGAGUUCGACAAGCUCAACCGUCAGGUUGUCAAAUUAUUAGACGGCGGCAAGGCUCCGAAGUCGUAUAUCAAGUGCAUCGCCGAGUUGGAAGAUUUCUUGAACGAGACUCUGGCGAAACAAAAGGUCACUCCCAAGAACAAAAAGCUGAAUGCCACAAAUGCACGCGGCCUCAACGCUGUCAAACAACGCAUCAAGAAGAACAACAAAGACUACCAAGACCAGAUUGAUGCGUUUAGAAAGGACCGUGAUGCAUUCAUGGAAUCGUCGGACGAGGAGGAAGCUCCGCUUCCAAAACCCUCCAAGGUUCGGUUCGAACAGGAGGCAGCUGCCUCUGAGGAGGCGGCGGAGGAUGAGGAUAAGGGUUUCUCGAGAGUCGACAAGCGUGGCAAGGCCGUUCCUUUCUCGCCUGAGAGCAUUCAAAAGCAUCUCCGUGCUAUCAUCGAGUCAAGAGGCAGAAAGAACACCGACCGCCUGGAGCAGAUCAGGAUCAUGGAGGAGCUCAACAAGGUUGCCGAAACUCCCUAUCUCAAGAUUCGGGUUCUGCAGACUCUGGUUUCCGCCCGAUUUGAUCUCGGGUCUGGUACAACAACCUCAAUGCCUUUGGGGCACUGGAAGGCCGCGGAAAGGGAAUUGGCCGCCUUGCUCACCCUCCUCGAAACUCAUAAGGAUCACGUGGUGAUUGAAGGCGCAGAGGAGUGGGAGGACGAUGACAAGACUCCGGUUCUUGGCCCCGAUGACAAGUACAUCAAGGUUCCCGGCAGCGUGGUCUCCUACAUUGAGCGCCUGGACGAUGAACUCACUCGCUCCCUGCAAAACAUCGAUCCUCACACUUCGGAGUAUAUUGAGAGACUGACGGAUGAGGCAUCCCUGUACAAUCUCGUUUUGCGGGGUCUGCUUUACUACGAGACCGUUCGCAAGGAUCCUUCACUAGAAGUUCCCCAGGAGAGCCUGAACCGAAUCAUCCAACGGCGCCUGGACCACGUCUACUUCAAGCCUUCUCAGGUAGUGAAGAUUCUGGAGGAGAACGCAUGGAAACAAGUGCAGGACGGCGUUGAUUCUGCGAUCACUCCGCGUGGCUUGUCGGGCGAUGCUGGCCAGCUCAUCCACACCCUCUGCAACUACUUGUUCAACAACAGCGAAGGCAUCAUCCGUGCUCGGGCCAUGCUUUGCCAGAUUUACUUCCUGGCCUUGCACGACGAGUACUACAAAGCCCGUGACAUGAUGCUCACCUCUCACCUGCAAGAGAGCAUCGCCAACUUCGAUAUCGCCACCCAAAUUCUGUACAACCGGACACUCGUCCAGGUUGGCCUCUGCGCCUUCCGAAAGGGCCUAGUGUAUGAUGCUCAAAAUACUCUCCAGGACAUUUGUGGCAGUGGGCGUCAAAAAGAGCUUCUUGCUCAAGGCGUUAUGAUCCAGCGUUACAGCCAGGUUAGUCCCGAGCAAGAACGUCUGGAGAAGCAACGGCAGUUACCCUUCCACAUGCACAUCAACCUCGAGCUCUUGGAGUGCGUCUACUUGACGUGCAGCAUGCUCCUCGAAAUUCCGCUCUUGGCCCAGAUUGGGUCCUCUCCGGAUAUCAAGAAGCGCGUCAUCAGCAAGACAUACCGCCGCAUGCUAGAGUACCACGAGCGCCAAAUCUUCACCGGCCCGCCCGAGAAUACUCGUGACCACGUCAUGCAAGCGUCCAAGGCUCUGGCGGCUGGUGAAUGGAAGAAGGCUACCCACUUCAUUCACAGCAUCAAGAUCUGGGAUCUCAUGCCGAGCGCAGACGAGAUCAAGGCGAUGCUUGCCAAGCAGAUUCAGGAGGAAGGUCUUCGGACCUACCUCUUCACAUACGCCCCCUUCUACGACACUUUGGCCAUUGAGACGCUGAGCACCAUGUUCGAGCUUGAUUCGGCCAAGGUUGCUGCUGUUGUGAGCAAGAUGAUCAGCCAUGAGGAGCUCGCCGCUGCUCUUGACCAGGUCACCAAUACUGUCAUCUUCCGCAAGGGUGUGGAGCUCAGCCGCCUUCAGAGCCUGGCUUUGGCGCUCUCCGACAAGGCAAGCGCCCUCAUCGAAACGAACGAGCGUACCCUCGAGGUCAGGACACAAGGGUCGGCAAAUGCCUUCAGCGGGAAAGAUGGCAGGCAAGGUGGCCAGAGGGCAGGUGGUCAACGGAGUGGCAGGAGCGGUGCGAGGACUGGCGGCAAUGCUCAGCGGCAGGCCGGGGGUACACAGUUUACGGGCGGUGCCUUGGGUGCUGCAGUGCGUGGUUAGGUUCUGGACGACGGGACUAUAUGACUUUCGUAUGCUAUUGCAUUAGGGCUUGGGCAUUUUACGUAUCAAGAUUGGUCCUCGGUGUGCUAUAACGCUUUGCGUCACGGUAGACCAGGUAAACGCGAGCACAAACAGAUUCCUCAAAGGAGCUUUUUUUUCGCCAUAUGUCGGUACUGAUCAAUCCCUUGUAUGCUCUCUUUUCUCUCUGUGGUUAUGAUCUCCAGGUCCGAGUCUUCUGCGUGUUAAGUAUCCAAACAACCCAUACGAUCUUUUCCUGAAGUUCAACGCUUGAUAAGAUAAGGAGCUAGGUGAUUGCUCCGGUUUAGGGAGCGGUCUAACUCCCACAGGAGUCCUAGUCAAAGAAAUCCUUCCAUCCUAGGAGGCAGUUCU